CCACUUCAGAUCCCCUCGAAUCCCAGGUCAUGGGUGCCUCACACUUCAGAUCCCCUCGAAUCCCAGGUCAUGGGUGCCUCACACUUCAGAUCCCCUCGAAUCCCAGGUCAUGGGUGCCUCACACUUCAGAUCCCCUCGAAUCCCAGGUCAUGGGUGCCUCACACUUCAGAUCCCCUCGAAUCCCAGGUCAUGGGUGCCUCACACUUCAGAUCCCCUCGAAUCCCAGGUCAUGGGUGCCUCACACUUCAGAUCCCCUCGAAUCCCAGGUCAUGGGUGCCUCACACUUCAGAUCCCCUCGAAUCCCAGGUCAUGGGUGCCUCACACUUCAGAUCCCCUCGAAUCCCAGGUCAUGGGUGCCUCACACUUCAGAUCCCCUCGAAUCCCAGGUCAUGGGUGCCUCACACUUCAGAUCCCCUCGAAUCCCAGGUCAUGGGUGCCUCACACUUCAGAUCCCCUCGAAUCCCAGGUCAUGGGUGCCUCACACUUCAGAUCCCCUCGAAUCCCAGGUCAUGGGUGCCUCACACUUCAGAUCCCCUCGAAUCCCAGGUCAUGGGUGCCUCACACUUCAGAUCCCCUCGAAUCCCAGGUCAUGGGUGCCUCACACUUCAGAUCCCCUCGAAUCCCAGGUCAUGGGUGCCUCACACUUCAGAUCCCCUCGAAUCCCAGGUCAUGGGUGCCUCACACUUCAGAUCCCCUCGAAUCCCAGGUCAUGGGUGCCUCACACUUCAGAUCCCCUCGAAUCCCAGGUCAUGGGUGCCUCACACUUCAGAUCCCCUCGAAUCCCAGGUCAUGGGUGCCUCACACUUCAGAUCCCCUCGAAUCCCAGGUCAUGGGUGCCUCACACUUCAGAUCCCUCGAAUCCCAGGUCAUGGGUGCCUCACACUUCAGAUCCCCUCGAAUCCCAGGUCAUGGGUGCCUCACACUUCAGAUCCCCUCGAAUCCCAGGUCAUGGGUGCCUCACACUUCAGAUCCCCUCGAAUCCCAGGUCAUGGGUGCCUCACACUUCAGAUCCCCUCGAAUCCCAGGUCAUGGGUGCCUCACACUUCAGAUCCCCUCGAAUCCCAGGUCAUGGGUGCCUCACACUUCAGAUCCCCUCGAAUCCCAGGUCAUGGGUGCCUCACACUUCAGAUCCCCUCGAAUCCCAGGUCAUGGGUGCCUCACACUUCAGAUCCCCUCGAAUCCCAGGUCAUGGGUGCCUCACACUUCAGAUCCCCUCGAAUCCCAGGUCAUGGGUGCCUCACACUUCAGAUCCCCUCGAAUCCCAGGUCAUGGGUGCCUCACACUUCAGAUCCCCUCGAAUCCCAGGUCAUGGGUGCCUCACACUUCAGAUCCCCUCGAAUCCCAGGUCAUGGGUGCCUCACACUUCAGAUCCCCUCGAAUCCCAGGUCAUGGGUGCCUCACACUUCAGAUCCCCUCGAAUCCCAGGUCAUGGGUGCCUCACACUUCAGAUCCCCUCGAAUCCCAGGUCAUGGGUGCCUCACACUUCAGAUCCCCUCGAAUCCCAGGUCAUGGGUGCCUCACACUUCAGAUCCCCUCGAAUCCCAGGUCAUGGGUGCCUCACACUUCAGAUCCCCUCGAAUCCCAGGUCAUGGGUGCCUCACACUUCAGAUCCCCUCGAAUCCCAGGUCAUGGGUGCCUCACACUUCAGAUCCCCUCGAAUCCCAGGUCAUGGGUGCCUCACACUUCAGAUCCCCUCGAAUCCCAGGUCAUGGGUGCCUCACACUUCAGAUCCCCUCGAAUCCCAGGUCAUGGGUGCCUCACACUUCAGAUCCCCUCGAAUCCCAGGUCAUGGGUGCCUCACACUUCAGAUCCCCUCGAAUCCCAGGUCAUGGGUGCCUCACACUUCAGAUCCCCUCGAAUCCCAGGUCAUGGGUGCCUCACACUUCAGAUCCCCUCGAAUCCCAGGUCAUGGGUGCCUCACACUUCAGAUCCCUCGAAUCCCAGGUCAUGGGUGCCUCACACUUCAGAUCCCCUCGAAUCCCAGGUCAUGGGUGCCUCACACUUCAGAUCCCCUCGAAUCCCAGGUCAUGGGUGCCUCACACUUCAGAUCCCCUCGAAUCCCAGGUCAUGGGUGCCUCACACUUCAGAUCCCCUCGAAUCCCAGGUCAUGGGUGCCUCACACUUCAGAUCCCCUCGAAUCCCAGGUCAUGGGUGCCUCACACUUCAGAUCCCCUCGAAUCCCAGGUCAUGGGUGCCUCACACUUCAGAUCCCCUCGAAUCCCAGGUCAUGGGUGCCUCACACUUCAGAUCCCCUCGAAUCCCAGGUCAUGGGUGCCUCACACUUCAGAUCCCCUCGAAUCCCAGGUCAUGGGUGCCUCACACUUCAGAUCCCCUCGAAUCCCAGGUCAUGGGUGCCUCACACUUCAGAUCCCCUCGAAUCCCAGGUCAUGGGUGCCUCACACUUUUCACACAAGUUUGAGCAGUUGAUACUGAG